AUGGAGAGCGUUUUGCAGAAGUCCUGCAAAAUCAGAUCCCUUGUCUCGGACCUACAGCGGAACUACAUUUGCGACACUGCGCGCAAGAGUGCGGAGUGCUUGAAAUCUGAUUUGGGAGACUUGGACAAGCUGUACACCGAGCUCACCGAUACUUUGGCCAAUGGUGAAGCAGAAGACUUCCCCCCAAAGAAUGCGAAGCGGCACUUUGAGAAAGUGAAGAAGGAGGAGAAGGAAAACUGA